AUGUCACCGAAUUUCACCGACCUCUUGCAUCUCCUGAAGUACUCCCUACCUAAACUGAAUGAGGGCCCUAGUCCGGAUGGAGGCUCCUGGGCCGUAGGCAGAGAGUCCCGCCGCACGCAAUUUUGCAUCGCCACGGCUGGGGCAAGUGGUGCCACAUCGGAGCAACGUCGGCGCUGCAAGUACAACAAUAUCAAAUGGAGGUCGAAGUCGGCCGUAUUCGGCGCCACAGGUGCCCAGGGCGGCAGCGUCGUCGACACCUUUCUAAAGGAGGCCAAACUCAGUUCAGAAUGGACCGUUCGCGCCGUCACUCGCGACGUCACAAGUAAUCGAGCCCAGGCACUCACUUCCCAAGGUGUCCAAGUAGUUGCGGCCGACCUCAAUGACAAGGCAUCCCUUCUUGCUGCGGUAACAGGCGCCUCAGCGGUCUUCGCCAUGACGACUACCGGCAACACUGACUGGGAUCAGCAAGAUAUAGAACUGGAGCUUCGGCACGGCAAAGCCCUUGCCGAUGUGGCCAAAGAGGCUGGCGUCACCCAGUAUAUCUGGUCAUCCCUCCCAUAUGCCGAGAAACUUACUGGCGGCAAGCUCACUCACGUCUACAAUUUCGACACCAAGGCACGAAUCGAAGAUUACAUCCGCAGUAUUGGCAUUCCAGCGGCAUUCUUCCUACCUGGCAGCUUCAUGACCAACUAUUCUGCAGGUUUGUUGCAGCCAUCGCCCGCAAACAAUGGCGCAUAUGCCAUCUCCCUUCCUUUUGCCGGCGAUCGUCCAAUUGCACUCUACGACACAGCGGACACGGGUAAAUUUAUCAAGGCCGCGAUCCUGCACUGGGAUGAUGUAGUUGGGAAGCACUUGCUCGGCACUUCGGGACACGUAACCGGCGACCAGAUGAUUGCCACGUUUCAAAAGGUGUUCCCUAUCGCUGGCGAAGGCGCAAGCUGGCAGAAAGUGGCUCCUGAAACCUGGGCUGGAUAUAUCGAGGGACCAGGGAAGAUGAGAGAAGUGAUGGUUGACAACAUGCGACUUAUUGCUGAAUAUGGAUAUUUCAUUGGCGAGAGUUACCACUUGACUCGGCGUGUGUUGGAAGAUGAUCUCACGACAUGGGAGCAACAUCUUAGAAAGAGUUCUGCAUUAAGGCAUCUGCAGCAGAGCGAUUAG